UAACAUUUGAACAUGUGUACUUUGAGCGAAAGUCACACACUCUGCUGUGCAGCUGGAGUGAAAUUCCAGGAGUUCACUGUGGUGGUUGUCCACCAGAUAUGACAGCUCAUGGAGUUCCCUGUUUACACCAAUUAACACCUGGUUCGAUUCCCUCCCAGUCUACCAAGCCUCUACCUCUACCCAAACUGGAUAUCUCUUGACCGUUUUUUUAAAUCAAACAAAACACAGGCCGAAACAGUCGCAGGCGUUGAACGAUCACUUUCAAAUACACAAUGGUAGGAGGACUUUGCAACGCAACACUGAUCUCUAUGUUAUUAUCAUUAUUAAUAGAAUCGGUCGCGGCUUUGUUGUUCGUCGAGCGUCAGGUUAGCAGGCAGAGCGACCCGCAGCGGAACAAGGCCAUUCUGGAGAUGCUACACAUCGACAAAGUGUCCGCUAGCCAUCACCAGACCAGGCCGCAUCCCUACAUGAGGCGGAUUUAUGAACUAUUGGAGACGCUGGAAGCACAGGACUGGAAGGAUGAGGACGGCACGCUGGUACAGAGCUUUCGGAGCGUCCCUGGUGGAGUGGGCGCGCCUCCCGGCUGGAUCUGGUUCAACCUCACCGGCGUCGACCCGUCCACGUUCCCUGGCGGGGCAGAACUGGUCCUGUUCCGCAAAAUCCUGCACCCCUCCCCCUUGAGUGUGAGCGUGGCCCUGCACGGCCUCACCCACGCCGCCGCCCCCCCGCCGGCCACCACCACCAGGGGGGGGGAGGGAGUCGCGUUGGACGAGAGGCGGCUGCGUCUGGACCGCCGCCCGCCGACGGGCUACGACGUGUUCCGCGCCGGCGCCCUCAUGGGCCGGCUGGCCCCGGGGUCCAUCAGCCUGGGGCCGGCGGCGUCGGUGGGCUUCCAGCUCCGCUACACCGACGAGGGGGGGAGCCUGGUGCUUCACGAGGCCCUCACCCAGAGCCUGUACUCUCUGGGCCCCCGGGGGUCCCCCAGGGAGCCCCUGCUGGUGCUCUACCGCGUGCACCCCAGGGAGAUUCACCCCGACACCCAGACCCCACCGCCGCCCUCCUCCACCUUGGCACCCGCAGCCCUGGUCACAGACUGAGGCCUUUCUGGGGUCUGAUCAGUGUAUAGCAGGUCUAGAAUCAGGGCUACAUAGAGGACAGUGUCCCCCCCCCCUCCCCCCAUAUAAUAAAACCCCUUACUCUAAACAAUGACAUAUUUUUUACUUAUAUUUUACUAUUAUCACUUCUAUUGGAUUCAAAGGGUGUAUGUGUACAAUGUGUAUUUGUGUCUUGUCUUGACUUCCUUGAUCUGCCAGCA